AUGCCAUUAUCAGCAGCAGAACGACAGAGGCGGUACAAAGAAAAGCUAAAACGUGACCCUGAGAAGUAUGAAGAUUAUAAAAAAAAAAAACGAGACAACUAUCAUGAUAAAAAGAGACUUGUCAAUGACUUAACACCAAAAGAGAGACACAAUGCAAGGAUAAUCUGGAAACUUAGGAAGAAGAAUUUGAGAGAAAAAAGAAAUCAAUUGAAUAGGCUUCUUGAUAUAACACCGCCGAGUUCCCCUUCUACAUUGGUGCCUGAAGUAAACCUACGUCAGAAUUCUCCACAGCAGAACGAUGAUUCCGAUAUCUUGAGCAUUAGUACUCCUCAAAGCUCUUUUGCUACUAGUAGGAAUGUGACGAAAAAGGGUAAAGGAAGAACUAAAGUUAGAAGAGAUAGAACAAAACUAUAUAAAGAGAAUUUGAGGUUACAGCAAGAAAUUGCAAACCUAAAAAAGAAAUAUGAGAAAUAUAAGAAACGUUUCAAUAGGACCAAAAAAGAAACAGGUGAAAAUAAACAGGAGGAAAGAAAAUCUGAUGAUGCAACUAAAUACAAAAAGCUAUCCAACGCAAUGAAAGAGAGGUACCAAACGAUAAAGAUACGUAAGGAAAAGAAUAGUCUGAAAAAUAUAUUUGAAAACUUUGAAGAAUCUGAAAAAAUUGAAAUGAUAAAUGAGUCUUUGGGAAUAAUAGGACCACUCAGGCCGACGAUAAAAGUAAAAGUCAAUGUGUCUAAACUAAAGAAAAAUAUCGAAACGUUUUUUCAAAGAGAGGAUGUUUCUAGACCGACAGCAGCAAGUGCUUUAAAGAAAAAUGGCAUCAUAAAUACUGACAAUAUGAGCGAGUUGAUUACUGUUAUUGUCUGUAAUACAAAGGAAAAAGACUGUAUGUAUGGAACUUGUAAAAAAUGUUGCAACUUAAAAAUUCAAAGUAAUAUUGACAAAGAUAGCAAUAAAAUACAAUGGAAAGAAUGGGUAAGAGUACAAGAGACAUAUGAAAAGGAUGGAAAGACUUCAAAAGCAUUUAAGAAUGUGAAACAAGAUAAGGAGGCAACGGUUAAAGAGAUGUUGGAUGCAUUUAAUGAAGAACUAAAAAUAUUGAAAAAACACGUAUAUAACAUAAAAGUUCAAUUUACUAACUUCAGACAAGCCAUUGAUAAAUUAUCAAGAACAGAAGCAGUGGUUGUUGCAGAUUUUAGCGAAAAUUAUAGUUGCAAACACCAUGAGGAGAUUCAAGCCCAUCACUUUGGUGGUUCCAGAUUACAAGUAUCACUGCAUACAGUUGUGGUAUAUGUUCAUACACAUGAUGGUAAAAAAGUUGAAUCAUUCUGCACGGUGUCACCAAAUACUAAUCAUCAACCUGCAUCUAUAUGGGCUCAUCUUGAUCCAGUACUAAAGGACAUAAGAAGCACUUAUCCUGAUAUUUCUCUAAUACACUUCUUCACAGAUGGUCCUUUUAGUCAAUACAGGCAAAAACAAAACUUUUACCUAGCGUCAACUGCAUUAUUCGACCAUGGAUUUAAAGCAAUGACCUGGUCAUUUUUCGAAGCUGGCCAUGGCAAGGGGCCAGCAGAUGGUAUUGGAGGCUAUCUUAAAAGAACUGCGGAUGAUCUAGUUGCUAGAGGUGAAGACAUUUCAUGUGCAGAAAAAUUUUAUACAGUGAUGAAAGACUUGAGCAAAAUAAAGCUGCACUUAAUUUCGUCUAAUAAUAUAGAAAGCAUCUCAAAACAAAUACCACCAAAGAUCCAGCCCCUACCUGGCACCAAAGAUGUCCACCAAAUAUUUAGUACUUCAAAAGAAAAAUCUGCUGACAAAGAAAAUUAUCACGUCCAGCAGGGUGAUUUUAUGUUAGUUAACGUUCAUGCCGUGAAAGGUAAGGUUUUUAAAUAUGCUUGCGUAGUCAAUGAUUUGCAUGAAGAUGGUGAGAUAAGAGUCACAUUUUUACGCUCAACGAGAAAAAGAAACACCUUUCGUCUGGACAAAAGUGACGUAGCUGACAUCGACUACACAGACAUAUUAGAAAUUCUCUCAGAGCCUAGAAUUAUUUCUAAACGAGGCCAGCAGUAUUACGUAUUUAAAAAUAAUGUAGAUGUUUCUGAAAAGUGAUCUCUUAUACGU